GCAGCAGCUCCCUCUGCAGGGGGCCUGUAGCUGUUCAAUGGGACGUCCUGUACUGCGAGCUACUCCCACCAGAAGAUCAGAGCACAACCUUCUGCCCGAGUAUUUUGGUCUCAGUUACUACUUUUAUUCACGUCAAGGUGCAUGGUGAGUUUUCUAUAAAAAUAGUUUCUCAUAGCUAAGUUUUCACCUUUUAUGCUUUAUCUUUUAACACUCUUCCUCACUCUCAGUAUUUAGAGUUUACCUGGCAAGAUGAGAGUGACAUUUGGGAUUUUUCCCAUCAAGGAGAACACGUGUGCUUCUCUGUCUAGUGUCACAGUUGUACUGUGUCUUAUCAACCUCCUCCUAAUGGCCCUUGUGUGCCGAAAGAACCACUGCCACAAUUCCCGAUUGGACCACACAAAAUACCCCACUCCUCCCGGCCCCACGCCGUGGCCCCUUGUCGGCAAUCUGCUCCAGAUGGGCGACCAGAUUCAUCUUUCUCUAACACGCUUGAGGCUCCAGUACGGCGAUGUUUUCAAGAUGCGUCUCGGCUCUUUAACCGUUGUCGUCCUGAGUGGGCACAACACCAUCAGACAGGCGUUGGUUCGGCAGGGGGAAGCUUUCGCCGGGCGACCUGACCUCUUCACCUUUUCUGCCGUGGCCAACGGGACGAGCAUGACUUUCAGUGAGAAGUAUGGACCGGCCUGGAUGCUCCAUAAGAAGCUCUGUAAGAACGCCCUCAGGUCUUUCUCCCGGGCGGAGCCCAGAGAGUCUGGUGCCACCUGCCUGCUGGAGGAGCAUGUCUGUGCUGAGGCAGCUGAGAUGGUGGAGGUGAUGUACGAACAAGCUGCUGCUGAGAGGGAAAUGGGACACAAGGUGAUGGGUAUUGAUCCGGUGGUGCCCGUCGUGACCUCGGUGGCAAAUGUCGUCUGUGCCCUCUGUUUCGGGAAAAGGUACGACUACAACGAUAAGGAGUUCCUCACUAUAGUGCACAUCAACAACGAGGUCCUGAGGAUCUUCGCGGCGGGAAACAUGGCUGAUUUUUUCCCUGUGUUUCGUUACUUUCCGAGUCCAUCUCUGAGGAAGAUGGUCCAGCACAUCCAGAGGAUGAACGGAUUCAUGGAGCGCAGCAUCGAGGAACACAUAAACACCUUUGAUAAGAACUAUAUUCGGGACAUUACGGAUGCUCUGAUUGCACUCUGUGAGGACAGAGAAGAAAAUCAGGAUACAUCUCUGCUCUCCAAGUCACAGAUAAUUCACACUGUCGUAGACAUCUUUGGAGCAGGAUUUGACACCAUCAUUGCUGGUUUACAGUGGAGCCUGUUGUACCUGAUCAAGUAUCCUGAUAUCCAGGACAGAAUACACCAGGAGAUAGACGACCACAUCGGCAUCGCCAGACUGCCCAUGUUUUCAGAUAAGCCCAAGAUGCCUUUCACAGAGGCGUUCAUGUAUGAAGUGUUUCGCCACGCUUCAUACGUCCCGUUCACCAUUCCUCACUGUACCACAAGAAACAUCACCCUGAACGGAUACUUCAUUCCCAAAGACACAUGUGUCUUCAUUAACCAGUAUCAAGUCAAUCAUGAUCUCGACCUUUGGGGCGACCCGGACAGAUUCCGUCCCGCACGCUUCCUGGGAUCCUUGGGACUCCUCAACAAGGAGCUGACGGAGAAGGUGCUCAUCUUCGGCGUGGGGAAGAGACGCUGUCUCGGUGAUGGAUUGGCACGUUUGGAGAUGUUCGUGUUUCUCACUACGCUGCUGCACAGGACGCGGAUUGAAAAUGUUCCAGGUCAGCAGCUGGAUCUCAGCACCGAUUUUGGUCUGACCAUGAAACCACGUCCGUAUAGGAUCACCAUCUCCUCAAGGUUUUAGACCAAAUGAUGUGUGGAAGAGUGUGGCUGUUGUGGAACAUCGCCACACACAUUCUGAUUAUUGUGUUUAGUAGCCACCAUAUUUGGAUAACCUAGUAAAGCCACAGAUAUACAGUUCCUCUAAUCUUGGUGCUCUCCGACGAGUUUCUUAUUGACAAAUGUGAUCAAGUCUACACAUGAAAAACCAAAAGGGAAAUAUACUCUAUUUGCAAAAUUGUGUUGAUAGCCGGACACAAUAUUCAAGGCAAUUGAGGGUCAUUCAAAGUCCUUCUGUGCCUGAACUUUAAGGUCCCUCAGCCUUCAAUCAAACCGCAAUAAAAAAUUAACAUGAAAACAGACCGUCAUUAAAAGCCUUUAUUUUAAAGAUUGACUGUGAGCGCUUCAGGCCUCAAACAGGUCUCAUAUUAGAGUGAAUCAAUAUUUACUUUAGUGGACACAUUUCUUUGGUCCAGACUGUUUUGGAUUUUGAAUAAAAUCUCUGACAAAACUGACAACUUUCUAUAACUCUAAACAUGUCAAAUAACCUCUUGAAAUAUCUGAUCAUAUCACCAUAUUAUUUUAGGAAAAUAAUAUAAUAUUUACUACAACAUAUCGAUAUUGUGGAGUAAAACUAUUUUUGUUGAAUAUUGUACCAUCUACACUGAUAAGUUGUAUCUAUAACCUUAAUAAAAAUAGGGAAAUGAUUAA